UUGUUCGAAGCCUAGGCUCCAUAUAAACCGCACCCUUUUAAUUUUCCCUCGCAUUUGGCAGUGUCCUCUCUCUCUCUCUCUAGCUGAAGGCGCCAUCAAUGGCGGUCCUCUUCCAACAUUUUGGCUUCUAUCGUCAACUCUCAGGCCCUUACUCUCAUUCCGAUCCUUCCUCCUUCUUCUCAGCAAACCCUAUCUUCUCAAUCCCCCGUGUUUUCUCUCCUUCAAACCCCAGUCCUAGACCACGAACCUUCAUCUCCCUUUCCUCGUCGCCAAAUCCCCAAUCUGAAAACCCUAACCCUGAGAUCAGGCGGAGAGGCAGGCCAAAGAAGAAGGCGAAGGAAGUACAGGCUGAUACUCCAUCUAAUUCACAUAAAAAUGACGAAGUUUUUGUGCCCAAAAUGCCGAGGCGUGGAAGGAGAAGUGAGGCGAUGGAGGUUGAGGAUUUUGUGAGGAAUUCUCUGCAAAAAACUUUUGCAUCUAUUAAAGAGCAGAACUCUGGGCGAUUGGAUGAAGUGAAGGGGAUUUUCAAGGAAAAAAGGGAUGAGAAAACUGAACAGGCUGAGAUUGUUGAAGAAGAGGAUGAUGAGUGGCCUUUGGACACUGAUGUGGGGUGGGGGAUCAGAGCCUCUGAUUAUUUUGACAAGUAUCAAAUAAAGAAUGUGGUGGGUGAAGACGGGGAAAAAAUUGAUUGGGAAGGUGAGAUGGAAGAUAGUUGGGUGAAAGAGAUCAAUUGCUUAGAGUGGGAGAGCUUUGCAUUUCAUCCAAGUCCACUGAUUGUGCUCGUAUUUGAGCGAUACAACAGGGCAGCUGAUAAUUGGAAAGUUUUGAAGGAGCUGGAGAAGGCAUUCCUGGUCUAUUGGAAAUCGAAAGAUAAAUUGCCUCCUCGGACUGUUAAGAUUGAUAUCAACAUCGAAAGGGAUCUAGCAUAUGCUCUUAAAGUGAGGGAGUGCCCGCAACUGCUAUUUUUACGAGGAAACAAACUAUUACAUCGGGAAAAAGAAAUCCGGACUGCUGAUCAGUUGGUACAAAUGAUUGCACACUUUUACUACAAUGCGAAGAAGCCAUCCUGGCUAAGUGAUGCACAGCUUGCUUCAUAGGUAACUACAGGCUAAAAUUAAUAGAAGAGUAUUAAAACUCAGCUCUUUGAGUUGUGGUGCUUUCUGUUAAUAGAACAGUGGAAGCCAUGUUGGAGUUUCUAAAAAAUCCUGAAAAGAGGCUCCAUUUCCAUGUGAUGGGGCUUAGAGCUUCUAGUCUUAUGAUCUAUGCGUCCGAAGCUGCAUUUGUUACUGUACAAGGAAAAAGGAAGAAAAAUGAACACCAACUAAAAGAGUUCCUUAUGGGAAAGCAUCGAAGAGCAAAAAUGUUCCUGUAUUUUGUGUACUGUGCUGGAGUUGGCACUCUGAUCAUGGGAGGGAGUGUUACCCAAUGGGCUCUUUUGUUGUGAGCAGCAGUUAUUGAAAAGUGGUGUUCAUGGGACUCUUAUACAAAUGCGUGUGAUACUUCAAAUACACAAGGCGUUCCUCAUUUCUUAAUGCAUAAUAUAGUUAUCAAUACCAUAUUAAGAUCGAAACAAACUGGUGGUUCAACCGCUCGAACUGUUGAUUGCUGCUGUCUUGGCCGUCUUGUUCACGGUAAAAGGUAGGUUUAUUUGAAAACUGUUUUAACAAUUUUUUGUUUGAAAACUGUUCAAAAUUAAUGUUUAAUAAUUUUUGGUCGGUUGAACCAACCAAUUUAA